AAAAAAUAACAGCGAACACCACAAGAAAUACAUUAAAAAUCACUAUCAUGUAACGAAUCGGGAGAUUUUGUGCAUUGUUUAAUAUUCGCGAAUGUAUUUUGACAAGAGAAUGACAUUUUGAACUGAGCCGGACUGUUUCCUUUAAUUAUGAUUAGUGCAACAACAACUAUUAAUUUUAAUUGCAUCAAUUUAAUUUAUACGAUAAGGAAACUAAAUUGUUCAAAUUAAAACUCGUAAAAUCACAGAUAAGAAAUCGCUUUGUAAUAUUUAUUUGAAUAAUACACAUUAGACUCAUUUGUAUGGUAACAACCUUAAGAAUACUCGAAACUUAAGUUAAGUAGGAUGUGCGCAAAACGUGUGAUUGUGGACGUCGAUGUGGGCACCGACGAUUAUUUGGCGUUGUUGAUUUUAUUUCACGCUGAAAAGUCGGGACUGGUCAAAGUGGAGGCGAUAUGUUGCGCCAACGGGAACACUUCUAUAGACAAUGUAACGAAAAAUGUCGUCAGGUUGUUGGAAACUAUCGGACGCACUGAUGUACCAGUUUAUAAAGGAGUGGAACAACCAUUAAUUCUACACAAAAAGUCUUUGUCUAUGUUUCAUGGGAAGGAUGGUUUUGGAGACUUGGAACACGAGAAGGAACCAGACAUCAGCAUCGUUAAAGAAACACUUGCUCCUGUUGCUUUAAGAGACCUGUUAGGAGCAAAUCCUGGAGAAAUUAGUUUAAUUUGCUUGGGACCUUUAACCAACCUUGCCUUGGCUAUAAAAUUAUUCCCUGAUAUUGUUUCCAACAUCAAAGAUCUUUGGCUAAUGGGAGGAAGUUACAAAGCUGUUGGGAACACAACAAGAGUGGCAGAGUUCAACUUCUACUACGACCCAGAGGCAGUCCACAUCGUUCUAGAGUGCAUGACCUGCCCCAUUCACAUAAUCCCAUGGGAAACGACGCUGAUUCCAACCAUCGACUUUGAUUGGCGUUACGCAAACCUAGGUAUUAAAUCGCCAGCCUUGGAGCUGUUGACGCGUGCUGAUAAGGCUGCUUAUGGUCCCUCGGACUGUAAAUACUGGUACCCGUGCGACUCGUUCGCGGCCUUCGUUUUUUUAAAUCCCGAAAAGUACAUUACGAAACGGAGUUCCCACAAUGCGGUGGUGGAACUCCGUGGGGAACUUACCAGGGGGCAACUGCUGCUGGACCACCUGAACGAGCACCCUCAUAAUGUUGUCAUAGUUGAGGAUUUUGAUGCAGAGAAAUUUAAAGAUCUGUUACUAGAAAUUGAGGAACAAGCUAUGUAAAAGGAAUUGUACAUAUUGUUAUCAGUAUUGUUAAUUUACUUUAUUAAUAAAGUAUUAUUAUAAG